UACAGGUUUAGGGAAUUCCAGUUACAUUUAUGACAGUAAGUCACUGGUCAACUGUAGGCAAUUUUAAAACGUAUUGUACAGCUACUGGUCAUCUACAAACACUGCACUAAAGGAUGGCUGAGCUUUUGGAAACAGGAGAAGAGACGUUGGGGAAGCCGUGGCGUGUAGUUCCUGAGCUCGGAGUAAAGACUCUGAUGUCUGAGGUAGAGAAGUAUUCCCCUGUGGAUGCUGUGAGCAUCGACUACGUGAACAUCCUGCUGAUAGGAGCUGUAGGAGCCGGCAAGUCGAGUUACUUCAACACCAUCAACUCCAUAUUCCGUGGUCACGUGACGAGUCAGGCUUGCAGUGGCAGCGCCGAGCACAGUCUCACUACUGUGUAUCGAGUGUACAAGAUUCGCUCUCAGGAAACUGGUUUUCCACUCAAGUUUCGACUGUGUGACACGCGAGGUCUCGAGGAAGAGCAGGGAAUUGAAUCAGCAGAUAUGUUGGCCAUACUUGAUGGUCACCUUCCGGACCGCUAUCAGUUCAAUCCAUCAAUGCCAGUCAGCCCAGAAAUAACAGGCUACAAGAAAAAUCCAACUUUACAGGAUAAAAUCCAUGUCAUUGCAUUUGUCAUGGAUGGAUGCUCAGUGGAUGUUUUUCCUGAAAAGAUUCUGACAAACAUUAAGGCGACACAGCAAAAGGCAAACCAGAGAGGUAUCCCCCAAGUGGUUCUGCUCACCAAAGUGGACCGUGUGUGUCAGGAAGUGGAACAGGACCUGUCUCAGGUCUUCUACAGCCAGGCAGUUCAGGAUCUUGUUGAUGAGGUGUCACAGCUCCUGGGAUUACCACGGGCUCACGUCCUGCCAGUCAAGAAUUACGAGAGAGAGAUGGAGUUGGACCAGGGUGUCGACAUACCGGCAUUGCUGAGUGUCAGACAGAUGCUGAGAUUCGCAGACGACUAUCUCUACAACUUUGUUGAUGAACGUUAAAUGUGACACAUAACACGGACGACUAGUUUUACUGAUAAGGAAGCCAUGUUUUCUCUUUGUGCAGUAGGGACAUGUGCUGUGGCUGAUUAAUGAUGUGAUUACUUCUUAGUUGAUAUAGAUCAACAAACAGUUGAUAAUAUCAUGUAUAUUAUUUUAAUGCAUAAAUUAUAUUUUCUAACAUUA